AUGGAGUCCCGAGCCGCCUGGCUGGAGAGGUACCCCCUGGCUCCUGCUGGGCUUUCCCGCUCGCCGCCCGCCCCACAUGCAUUCGGUUCUCACCGAGGGUACAGUGGCGGUUCUCCAUCCGGGUUCGGUAGCGGGUCCCGGGGGUUCGGAGACUCUCCGUCCGGGUUCGGUAGCGGGUCCCGGGGGUUCGGAGGCCCGAGGCGGCACAGAGGAGCUGGUUCCCGAAGACCUCAGUCCUUCAGUCCCUCAAACCUGCAGGUGAAGUCUCGCGGUGACGCUUCAGUGGAGAAGUAUUUCAGUCCCUCGAUGAUGCAGGAUCCCUGGGAAGCUCUUCAGACAGACGGCUGACCUGAAGGAAACUGACCCCAACGAGAUGAUACUCAGAGGGACCAAUCACAGGCUGCUGCCUCCUCACCGUCAGUCACAUGACCACCAUGCUCCCUGUGCCUAUGAUCUGUUGACUGUAAUCCUUUGAUCAUGUGAUUAGUGUUGUAUUGAUCAUGUGAUUAGUGUUUUAUUGAUCAUGUGAUUGGUGUUGUAUUGAUCAUGUGAUUAGUGUUGUAUUGAUCAUGUGGUCACCAGCCAUCACCUUUAAAGUGUGUUUCAGCUUAUCUUGUGGAUUUUAAUAAAAGUGCUUAAUGUGGUU